AUGCGUGCCUCCAUUGCCCUCUUCAAUGCCGGCCGGACUCCCCUGAUCCGCUUCGUGGGCAAGCGAUCCGUCCCCAAGUCAAUUGACCACACACCUCGCGUGCAUCCGGCCUCCCCCACCGGCUCUCUGCCCGACUCGUUCGCUACAUACCGCGCCAAGGCCCAGCAGCACGGCCCUCUCGGCCGUGCUCAGUUCAGCGGUCGCGUCGGAGCCCAGCCUGGCUCCGCGCUGGGUCCCGUUGCACCCAAGGCUGGCGAGUUCUUCGAUCGCGCUGAGCUGCCCGCACGUUUCGGUCGCCUGCCCUGGACCGCGGCAGAGAUCGAAGCCAUCGAGACUGGCGGCGCGAGCAUGUACGCAUAG